CCUGGCUCGUGCCUUCCGCUCAACUUCCCUUUCCUAUCAGGUUGAGCGUGACCAGUCGAUCACCACGUGUUUGCAACGUCCUUCAACUACUGUCAAGUUUAAUGAACCGUUUUAUCCAUUUCCGAUGUAUAAACCAGCUCCGCCCCGUCCAAAAAAGACCAGAAUUGUGCGCACGCGCACCGGAUGUAGCACGUGCAGGAAAAGACGCACAAAGUGUGACGAGAAGAAGCCUUCAUGCGGCACCUGCUCAAGACUUGGACUAACAUGCCAACAAUCCCCGCCAAAAUUUGAGUUCAAAAACGUUUCAUUCUCUUCGGCCAAGUUUCAACAGCAAAACAAGGCAUACACGGCUGCUGCUGCUGCUGCUUCUGGCUUUAGCAAUUCAGCUGAUGAUGCUCCACAGCGGUGCCAGCUUGGUUUGCGAGAAGAUAAUCGUGGUGCGGACUCAUCAAUUGACUGGCUCGUCGGUUUAUCGGCGGAACCGGAACGUUCUUUGUUCCACGACGAAUUCUUCUGGACAUUGGCUGAAGUUUCACAGGCCAAUACCGAUCGAAUUUUCUUCGAUGAGAUUGUUGACUCGGGCCUUCAAUCAGACCAUGGCAGAUUCGUAAACGACAGCUUCCAGCUUUGUCUUGCAAGUGCAUGCGAGACCGGCAAUACCACGCAGGUUAUUCCAGCACCCGCCUACACUGCAGUCCAAUCAGAGAAAAAGGACCUUGAAUGCACUGAUGAGUCGCUCUCGAAUAUGCCUGCUGCUGUCCUUCCUCAUCGAGACGCCAUUCACGUCGUCACGUUUUACAUGGAUGUCUGGACGAAGCAGUGUCUCCCGGCGCUCCACGUAGCAUUCCACAAUCUACGCAAUUCGUCGCCGCUCAUCACAAAUAUCAUGGUCACUCUCUCGGCCUGUCGCUUGAGCCGAACGCAACCGCAGAGGAAGUUGUUUAAGGCGUCGGCCUGUCCUGGACUGUGCUUCCGGCCGGAUGCUGGUCAUGAGUCUCUUAGCUGUGAGCACUAUGGUGCUGCUAUGCGCAAGAUGGCGAGGUGGAGUCAUCAAGAUUUCGACGCCCAGCCGAUCGUCGGCCUAGCUGUGCUGGUCCUCUUUUGCUACUUGGAGUCGUCCAUGGGCAACUUCCGGGAGUUUCGCCUCCACUCUGAGGCCAUUAAGACGCUGUUAAGGCGAUACACCAGCCAUGUGGUUUCUAAGGGGGCUGAACUGCUUGCUGCAUGGGUCGAAAUCGACGUACAAAACUGGUGGCGGAGGGCAUAUUUCAGCACACCAGACUUCCCACGGAGCCCUGGUUUUGAGUCGCUUCACCCUCAACUGGAAGCUGCUCUAAUUGCAACUGCUGACCGAAGGGCGAUUAUCCUCUCUAUUCUUUGCGAGUCUCAUCGUCUCAAUACUGCGGCUAUUCUUUCAUGCUGGGAUGCCUUCAAGGACAACGAUUCGACAACAAUAUCGUAUAGUACAUCACCCCGCCCAACUGCUACGGGAACAACACAACGAACGAAGCCGACUACGCUCACUGAGUACGUGGCCUUGUUGAAAACUCAAUCCGAAAUGUUGAACGGCUGGCAUGCCUUCCUUCCCGGCCAUGAUCUACCUAUGUCCAGCCACCAGGAACAGAUACACCCAGCACAGGGCGAGCCACUUUUUCAACCGCUGCAUUUCCGGUCGCACCGUUCAGCUAUGAAUUUUGCCUACUAUGUUACCGCCAGAGUCAUGCAAUGCACUGGCCCAUUUGAAAGUUUAGAUGCUGCGUCCCCAGGCUGUGUCGACCUGGACGUAGCGUAUCAAGAAGCAGAGAUUUGGAUCUCAAUCCUCCUCCGCAUAGCGGCUGGAAUUGACUGGGAUGAAUGCAUCCAAUCGAACGUCUACUCCGUCGGAUUCACAGGCCUCCUGCUCGCCUGCUCCCUUCGCACUCGCAGCCACGUUGUUGGACUUUGGGUGCAGAACUGGCUGGAGGAGCGGUUGAUGGGGGACGACUUUGAGGAAGGGAACUUCCCCGUGUUUCAAAUUCUCGACACAAUACGUCUCAUCAACGACGAGCGCAGCCGUGGGUGGGACGUGCUUGCGUUAUUCCAGACGGUGGACGACGGAGGUGGCAGCGGCAAGUUCGGUUCGUAUCACAGCCAGUGUAUGGGUUCUCUAUGGGUCUACGGGAGAUGUAGAGAUACUGGAGAUAUGUGUUUGUAUCGCAGGUCAUUGAGAAUGACUGGUAUGAAUAGUUGACUUUCCAUUCAAAUUUAUUAAUAACGAAUUAUUC